AUGAAAAAUGAUGAAAAUAAAAAAGAACAUUGCAAAAUAAAUGGGGAAAAAAAGGUAGAAGAAAUAUUAAGAAGAAAACCUAUUUUGAUGUAUCUUAUAAAAAAAGGUACACACAACAAGUUGAUUAAAAAUGUUGAAAAAAAAAUUACAAAAGUAAUUUUAUUUACAGCUAAUUUUAACGAGCCAAAUGAAAAUAUUUAUGAUAUAGUAAAUAAAAAAGGAUUUGAAAAUGGACCAAAUAAUAAGGAAAGUUUAGUAUAUAGUAUGGGUAAGGAUCAAGAAAAUGUGGAAAAUAAAAUGAAAGGAGAAAAUGAGGAAAACCAGACUUCAUUAUAUAAUAACAAUAUAAAUAAAGAAGAUGAUGUGACAUAUAAAUAUGUUGAAGAAAUGGAAUCUAAAAAAAUAAAUAUUAAUGGUGUUGAGAUAAAUUAUAAAGUAUAUAAUUUAGAAGAAGGAAUAUAUUUAAUAGAUAAUGAAAAUUAUGAAAAGGUAAAAAGUUUAUGGAAUAAAGAUGAGUUAAAAAAAGCAAAAGAAAAUUUUGAAAACAGUUUUGAUAUAAAAAAACAAGGUAUCAAAGAUGAAGAUUGGAUUAUGCUACCAUUAGAUUAUGAUGAAAACAAAAAUAUAAAAUUAGUAAAAGCAGAUUUUGAUAAUCCAUCAUAUGAUUAUAUAUUGACAUAUUAUGAUAAAGAAAGAAAUUAUUAUUGGGAAUAUAAAAGAAGAAAUUAUUAUAAAAUGUUUAAAAAUACUAGUGAUGAAAUACCACCAUAUAAAUCUGAAUUGGAAAAAGAUAAAAGAUUUUAUAGUAAAGAAAUAAUUAUACCUAAAAAGACAUUAGAUAAUAAAAUAUUUAGACAACCUAUGUUAAGUGAUGUAUUGACAAGUGGUUAUAGUAAAGAACCUAUUGGAUUAGAAUCAUGGAGAUAUGUAAAAUAUCCAUAUGGAAAUUUAAUAAAACCUCAAAAAUAUAGUCAAUUAUAUUGUAUUAAAAAAAAUGGUAAGGAUAAACCAGAUAUGAGAUAUCAUUAUUUAGGUAAUAGUAAUAUAGCUGUUUCAGAAAUUUGUUUAGGAACUAUGAAUUUUGGUAAUUAUGUUGAUGAAAAAUUAGCACAUGAAUUAUUUAAUUAUGCUUAUGAAGAAUUUCAAGUUAAUUUUUUUGAUACUGCUGAAAUAUAUCCAUUACCUGUUAAAGAAAAUUAUUUUGGAUUAUCAGAAAAAAUAUUAGGAAAUUGGAUUGAAUCUAAGGGUAAGGCAAAUAGACACAAAUUUGUUAUAGCAACAAAAAUUUGUGGUAGGACUGACAAAAUUCCAUGGGCAAAAAAGUACAAAGCAAAUACAGAAAACUCACAAAAUGAUAAUUAUCAAUCUAUAUCAGAUAAAAAUAAAUCAUAUGAACAAAAAGAAAUGACACCACUUGAUAAAUUAGAAGAAUUAAAAAAAAAAGAACAAUUGUAUUUAAAAAAUGAUAAAGAAGAGCUAGAAAAAUUAAAAAUAUAUGAAAAAAAAAAAUUGGAUGAAGAAAGAAAUAAUAAUACUAUAACAUUAAGUAAGGAAAAUAUAAUAUCUAGUGUAGAUAAUAGUUUGAAAAGACUUAAAACGAAUUAUAUAGAUUUAUUACAGUUACAUUGGCCUGAUAGAUAUUAUCCAAAUCAAUCCUCAGGUGAUUAUAGUGAUGUAUUAUAUGAUUAUACAAAAUAUUAUGAUGAUUUUGUUCCAUUUGUUGAACAAUUAGAAGCAUUAAAUGAGUUAAAAAAAAAAGGAAAAAUAAGAGAAUGGGGAUUAAGUAAUGAAACACCAUUUGGGGUUUUAAAAUUUUAUGAACUUUGUAAACACUUACAUAUAUCUCCUCCUGUAUCUGUCCAAUUAGAAUAUAAUUUAUUAUGCCGUAAUAAUCUUGAAAAAGGAUUUCCUGAAAUAUGUAGACCACAAAAUACAAAUAUUUCUUUAUUAGCAUAUUCUCCAUUAUGUGCUGGUAUAUUAACAGGAAAAUAUCUUGAAUAUACAGAUUAUACAACAAAAGGAAGAAUUCUACAUUUCCCAUCUUAUAUGAAAAGACUAAGAGGAUCUAUAGCGACAUAUAUAAUAAGAGAACUAUAUUAUUUAAGUCAAAAAUAUUAUUUUCCAAAUUUAACAGUUGCAGCAUUAAAAUGGGUGUAUACUAGACCUUUUAUUACAUCUACUGUUAUUGGGGUUUCAGAUUUUUUACAGUUGAGAGAAAACUUAUAUUCACUAACACAAAAUGUUCUUUUUACGGACAAACUAGAACGAGAAAUAAAUGCACUACACUGGAAAUUUAGGGACCCCAUUCGAAUUAUCCAAUAA